GUGUGACUUACUCAGGACGUAAAGAAUGAGAGCAGUCGAUAGCGGCUUGCCCACGAUGACAGUCGUUGCAGGUCCGCUGCCAGUAUAUCCUGGCAGUCCGGCGGCAUCUACCGGACCAGUGGGUGAGCCAAGAGAUCAUCGAAUCUACAUCACGCUCGACUGACUCAACACGUAGCCGACCGAUGAAUGCGGGCAGCUCUCGACGCCCUGAGGGUUGCGGACACAGUAUCCCCAUAUGCCAGCUCUGACGAGGGUGCCAUCACCGAGGGUGGUGGAGAGAAAGGUGAAUUGCUUGAAGACCGGGGUAGAUAUACAGAUGAUGAGGAACAUGACAGCCGAUGCCGUCAAGAAGGCGACGGCGAUGACUCUGUUGACCGCAUUGCCGACACCCAUGUCUGUCGGUGACCGUCGAGCCCUCUGCCUUCGCCUGGAUGUGUCGACGACUUCUGUCUUUGAUUGGCCGUCGCACACCCCGCAUCAUGCCAAUUGGAGAUAGUGGCGCGCCACACGGCUACUUCGAAUCCAGACCAGUCGUGUGGCUGGUAACCGGGGACCCGGUGCCAUAUAAAGGCGAUCUAACAAGGAUGCGCCUGUGUCUGCUGCUGCCUGCUCUGUCGUAUACCCCGUCUGUAUUCCCUCGGUCACUAGCCGUGCGAAGAUUUGCGACUCGGACGUUCUGCGACGUCAUUGACGCUUGCGAAGUGGUCUGUGAUGAGCUCAGGCCUGUUCAUCUGGUCGACGCUGUCAGAAUUCGGGCUACCGUGCCCGAGAGCAUGAUCCUCAUGUUUCUCAAUCCUGAGCAGUAUCCGGUCUCCCAUGCGACCUGUUCUACUCAGCCGUCUCUGCGGAAAGUCAAGUGUGCGGCCACCCUGUCGCUCGUGACCGAUCAACAAAUGAUCUACAGGAUGUCCCAAGACACGCAACUCGACAUCCUUGACGAUGGCAACGCUAGCACGUUGGCCAUCAAGCACUGUUGUCGUGCCUUUGUCAGCCAUCAAUUUGACUUGGGCUAUCUCGAUAGAGAUCUUGAUUACCGGGGACGCUCGGCUUACAUGCGCUGUGACUUUAACAACUUCCGGGGUUCGGACGACCCACACCAUCGAAUUUGGUGUUCCCAAUUUUUUCCAGAGAUCAGUCAGUCGCCUCUGCAACCACCGAGGCUCUGUCUUACCUCAUGCAGUCACGCGAGCUUGCACCAUACCUGUCGGAAUGCCAUGCGGAGCCGAGUGGUGGCCGACAGCAGGCCGGAAAUGUGCAGAGUAUACGCCGGAUGCAAACUAGCGAGUUGACUGCAUACUGUGUUUGCAACAUCAGCCCGCGUCAAACUGAAAUGUGCAAGCAAGCGCUCGGCAGAGACUGCUUCCAUCGAGCGCUUCGGCCCUGAAUCAAUAGAGAGCGUCCUCAGAGCUCGUCAAUCGUGUACAUCGACGCACUAGGUCGCUU